AUGUCACCCCUGUUCACCAUUUUGAUCAAACCAGAGAAAAAAGCGGAACCCCUAGAAGUCCUGAUAGAUUCAGGUGCCACCUCAUCCUUCCUCCACCCCCGUACCGCGGAACUACUCCGCCUCCCACUCAUUGAUCUCCCUACACCCCGUACCGUCACUAUGCUCGAUGGGUCGAGCCCCCAGGCAGGCAAAAUCUGGAAGAAGGCAGUUCUGACCUUCUCCUUAGAUGGCAAGAAAAUGACAGAGACCUUCCUUAUAUGUAACACCGGGUCCCAUGCUGCUAUCUUAGGAUUGAAAUGGUUGGACGCCCACAACCCGGAAAUCGAUUGGAACAUGCGUACCCUUACCUUCCCCCAUGCAACCCCUGAACAUGUGUCCAUUGCUGAGGAAGAGGAAGCAGAUGAGAACCCCCUCGAAGGAGUACCCUCCGAGUACCAUCAAUACGCCAAGGUAUUUGGGGAGGAAGAAUUCAACAAGCUCCCUCCACACCGACACUACAACAUUGGAAUAGAACUCACGGAAGAAGGCCCCCUUAACUCCCCCCUUUACAGUAUGACAGACGCCGAGUCCGCUACACUCAAGGACUGGCUCAGGGAUGAGUUGAAAGCUGGGAAGAUCCGCCCUAGCAAGUCUUCCAUCAGUUCCCCCGUGAUGUUUGUUCCAAAGAAAGAUGGUUCCCGUUGCUUGGUUGUUGACUACCGUCGCCUUAACAAUUGCACCAAGAAAAAUGUUUAUCCACUUCCCCGUCCGGAUGAUCUCAUGGCCCAGCUCCGUGGCGCCAAAAUCUUCACCAAACUAGAUUUACAAUGGGGGUACAACAACGUGCGAGUUAAAGAAGGUGAUGAGUGGAAGACUGCAUUCCGAACCAAGUACGGCCUCUACGAAUCCCUGGUGAUGACUUUUGGUUUGACAAACGCCCCCGCCGCCUUUCAGCACUUCAUGAACGAGUUGUUUAAAGACCUACUGGAUGUAUGCGUCAUCAUAUACCUCGAUGACAUCCUAAUUUAUUCUAAGGAUGACGCAUCUCACACGGAGCAUGUUCAUGAGGUCCUAAAACGGUUAAUGGAUAAUCAACUGUUCUGCAAGGCAUCCAAGUGUACAUUCCACGUUACCUCUGUGGAAUACCUGGGAAUCAUCGUCUCCGAUAAGGGUUUUAGUCUGGAUAAGCUCAAAAUCCAGGCGGUACAGGAAUGGCCGGUACCCACUAAAGUCAAGGAAGUCCAAUCGUUCUUAGGGUUCGCCAAUUUCCUUUGCCGAUUCGUCGCCAACUUCAGCCACAUGGCUAGGCCAUUACACAACCUAGUCAAGAAGGAUACACCUUGGAGAUGGGACACAAAGGAACAGGAAGCAUUCCAAGAACUAAAGGAUGCCAUUACCAACGCCCCUGUACUUUGUCACGCCGACCCCACCAAGCCCUACUUCCUAGAAACGGAUGCUUCUGGUGCAGCCUUAGGUUCCAUUCUUAGCCAACGACAGGAAGACGGCCGUUUACACCCACUAGGGUUCCUAUCUGAGUCCUUCAAAGGUGCCGAACAGAAUUAUGACACCCACGACAAGGAACUCCUGGCUAUCAUCCGGUCGUUUGAAUAUUGGCGCAUCUUCUUGGAAGGGACCCUGCACCCCGUAACCGUCUUCACUGACCAUCGGAACUUGGAAUACUGGAAGGAGUCUAGAACCUUCAAUCGCCGCCAUGCACGAUGGCACCUCCUCCUGGCUGGAUACAACUUCCAAAUUGUGUAUUGCCCGGGCAAACAGUCCGGCAAACCAGACGCCUUAUCCCGGCAAUCAGACCACGCCGAUGUCCCACCUGCCGCCCAGACCAUGCUCCCAGACCCUAUCUUUGCCAACGUCGCACUAGUCCUACCAGAAAAGGAGUUACAACAGCGUAUAGAGUCAAGCCUGGAUCAAGACGAGUCCCUUGAAGAAAUCCUACAGUUCCUGCAGAAUGAAUCCAGAGCACCUCCAUCCAUCAAACAAGCAUUCAAGGACUAUCAGAUGGAAGCAGGGUUACUUUUCUACCAAGGGCGGAUUGUGGUCCCUGACGUUGGGACCCUACAUACGGAUUUACUCCAAAUCUUCCACGACAGCCCAUCGGCAGGGCACCCAGGCAGGCAACGGACCCUGGAGCUAAUCUCACGCAAUUACUAUUGGCCAGGCAUACGCGCGGACACAUACUGGCACGUAGACUCCUGCGAAACCUGUCAAAGGAUUAGGAAACCCAAAUACGCGUCAAUCCCACCACAGCCGCUAGAACUCCCAGUACGCCCAUGGCAACACAUUUCCUAUGAUAUGAUUGUUGAUCUGCCAAAGGACGGGGCCUACGACUCCAUACUAGUUAUUGUGGACAGCUUCACCAAGUACGUCAUAUUGGUAGAAUGUUCCAAGAAACUAAAAGCCCCCGAACUGGCGGAACUGUUCUUACGACACGUCUGGAAAAAGUACGGAAUGCCAGAGAAAACAAUCUCAGACCGCAGAAGAGUGUUCAAUAACAAGUUUUUGAAAGCAUUGUACCAACGACUGGGCAUAGACCCGCACUUCUCCUCCGCUUACCACCCCCAGAGCAAUGGGCAGACAGAACGGGUGAACCCCUCCAUAGAACACUUCCUAAGAGCAUACUCCGGUACCAAUCAAAGGGACUGGGUCAAAUGGUUACCAAUGGCAGAAUUCGCCUACAACAACGCAGUGCAUAGUGCCACAGGGAAGUCACCUUUCAAAGCGCUCCACGGAUGGGAACCAACCUUAACCCCUUCCAACAUUCCUACGGACGUGCCAGAGGCCAAUGAACUGGCGGAAGCCAUGGAAGCACAAUGGAGAGAAGUCAAAUCCGCCCUCCGGCAGUCUAAACAACAAAUGGUAGCCGGAGAACACGGAAGCCCAACAGAGUUUGAGGUCGGAGAAGAAGUAUGGCUUGAUGCAAAGAACGUUAAACUCAAAACCUUAAGCCCCAAGCUAACGGAACAACGCUUAGGACCAUUCAAAGUCAUGGAAAAAAUCUCCAACCGCGCUUACAGGCUAGAACUCCCACCAACCAUGCGCAUCCAUAACGUAUUUUACGUAGGGUUAUUGUCUAAGGUCAGAAGGGACGACAAACGGGCCUUCGAGAACCGUCCACCACCAGUCACCGUGGAUGGGGAAGAAGAAUAUGAGGUUGAAGGAAUAACGGAUGCGGAGGAACGCAACGGAAAAUGGUUCUUCCGGGUCAAAUGGAAGGGCUAUGGCCCCGAGGAGAACACAUGGGAACCUCGAGAAAACCUAAAAAAUGCAGGGAAAAUUUUGAAAAGAUACGAGGAAGACAUGAGAAAGAAGGCCCUUGGCGCUGCCAAGGCCCUUAAGGGGGGGGCAGUGUUGUAG